ACCGUCAUCGACCAGUCGCCCUUGCCCCUCUAUUGCUCCGACGAGUGCAGGAUGAAGGACAUUAACAACCUCUCAGGUGCGCUUGCCUACAACUACAACCCCGACCGCUAUUCCCCGCCGGUCCCCCCUGUCCCCCACAACUCCUUGACGGGCCUGAACGAGGAGAGCGACUCGAGCGAUAGCACGACGUCUUCCUCUGUCCUCUCCCGCUCUCCGCCUUCCUCCGACUCGGACGUCUCCCCAGCAUCCACACGCCCCAAAUCACAACACACCGAGUCGUCUUGUCUCCCGAAACACCUCGCGACCCUCGCGAGGAUCUACGACUUUCCCCCUAUUCCGCCCGCUCCUCCCCUUCUGACACCUGCCUCUCCCACGUCGACGCUCUCUUCCUCCCCUUCCAGCCACGACUCGUACCAAUCUGGCAUCAUGAUGGCCGCUCGCCGAAUUUCGGAGACUCUGCGCCCCGCUAAGCGCUCCGACAAGGAUUCGAGAGCAGACGUUAUGCAACGCGAGCGGGAGAGGAAGCCGAUCCCUGGCUGGACAGAUGGCAGCGACGCGUGGCGCGCUGACGUCUAUUCCUUUGCAAAGCCCAUGGACCCGUCUACGGUUGGCAAGCGCGCCGAGGAGGGCAUUGAGCGUGCUUACGGUGGCUUCGCUGCCAGCCCACAUCGCAGCCGCGGCGUCUGCUCUACCCUGAGCGACGCGGGCGUGCCUGAUCUCCGGGCAUCGACUCAGAGUCUCGAUGGCGGCGCUCGCAAGGCGGUCGACGAGCUCUACGAGAAAUACCCGCUCAGUCACUCGAAGAGGAGCGAGAGUCGCGUUUCUCUCCAGUACAACCCGUCGUUCACGAGUCUCUGCUCGACGUCGCCGAGUGCCGUUGAGGACUCGCUCCUCGGUAGCCGGAGCUUGCCCUCGGCGGGUGUGCGGAGGAGGGAAGUCAAGUUGGUGAAGCCGGGCGCGGAGGGGAAACUCCUCGUGCCCGACGUAAAGAUGGUCUCGCGGUCACCGCCUUCAUCUUACGCGUCGUCGGCCACGACCGCGUCCUGGUAUCCUUCGAGCUCGAGGAGGAGCUUCGGCUCAAUUCCGAGCAUCCGCAGUCCUCUAAGCAGGGUUGGCAGCGAGCUGAUGAUGGGUGAGGUGCAGGAGGAAUGCGAGUCGCUGGAGGACAGCGCUAGCGAGUACGGCUGGAGAAGUGAGAGCAGCCGAUGUAAAGGCAAGGAAGAGCGCGAGCGUGAACGCAAGGAGAAGCUUCUCGUUGGUGGUAGUUCAGAAACAACCCCGACCUUCUCCUGCGGCAGCGAGAGCGGUAGCUUGCCCGCACCGAAGCGGCCGACUGUCGAGACCCGGACGUGGUCAUACGACAAUCUGCUGACUUACCCUGCCAUGCCUCUUCCCGUCAAGAAGGUGAAGAGGAAGGAGAGGAAGAUCGUCGAUGGGGAGGAGAAGGAGGUCGAAGUCGAGGUCGACGUCUGCGAGCCCAAGCGUCUCUUCUUGUUCCCGGGCAAGGAGGUCUUCCGUGGUUAGGUUCUCUCGCGUUCUCCCUCGUCGUCCUCGGGUUCGGCUUUCUGGUCUUGGCUCAGCAUUGGCUUCAUCCGGCAUCUCCUCAUCGCGAUACCAUCAUUCAUGAUACCCUCUCCUGGUUUUCAAGCUCGUCCGCCCUCAUCCAUCCAUCGCCUAUCUAUCAUCACGAUUUGACGCAUACACCUCAUCCACUCACGCAUCAUCAUCGCCAUCCAUACCUCACGCGCAUCGAUACCUUACUUAUUGUCCCUGUCACGAACGCAUGGCCUCUUACGCGAACUCACGUUUAAUGGAUGAUGGAUGGUCGGGCGGCGGCUCUCGCUAGGACCGGUCUUUCUAUGUCUCCCUCCCUCUGUCGUCGGACCCGUCGGCAACGACCCUCAAAAUGUUUAUAAUCUAUUUCUCCUCAGGCUCAUCAUCUCGGUCGCAAAGCAAGCAUGUAUAAUUUGUACUUUUAUCGGUCAACACUGUACUACUACGUCAACAUCUUUUCGAUUCCUGGGGGGCUCUACGAUACGGACCUGUUUAUUAGUUGGAUUUCUCUGUUGUUUGGCGUUGCCGUCUUUUUGGAGCGCAUCAUCUCAAGGACUUGGUUUUUGGUGGUCUUGGACUUGGAAUUUACCCCUGUACGUGCAUGGGUCCAUACCAUUGAUAUCCAACCGCGUCCUCUUUUUUACUUUGUCGUCGUUGUAAGCUUUCGCUGUCUGUACGUUUUGCACAUCCAAUCCUAGUCGUUGUCGUUCCUGCCGCAUAUCACACACAUCACAUCCUAGCGUACAUAUGGUUAUCGAUAGGGACGAGGUUAAUCGCAUUGUUUUGUCCGUCUGCAUACAUCUGUGACUAGUGAAACUACAUAUGAUACAUCAUGGCG